AUGGCGAGCGGCCUGGAAAGGUCCACUGCCCUGGAAUAUGCCUCACUGCUGCGCACCCCCAAGCUUGUGCUCAGCAUGUUUGAUGUCAAUCCGCCCAACCCGCAGCAGCUUUUUCAAGACUGGAGCGUGUUGCACUGUGUCUUUCGCUUGUUCUGCGGCCUUUCCAUGCUCCUCGCCCUUGCGCUGGCACAGAUAAGUGGUGGGGACAUUGGUGCGGCUUUUGGUUCCACCAUAGCCGCUCUUGGGUGGUCUGUCUUUGUGUUCUUCGUGAGUCAAGUACCGUGGCACUGCGUCGUGAAGCGCUCGGGCUGGCCAGCGUACAGGUUUUGGGCCUUUAUCUAUUUCGUCUUCUCUGUCGUAACCCUGGGGGCCUGGUGCCACCUUCUGGAAAGAGGGAGCAGCGACUUCAUGGAGGAGGCCCGGGUUCCGCCCGAACUCCGACAUCGACGUCGUGCUUACCCAGGCUUGACUUUGGGUCCGUUCCUGUUCGGCCUUGACAACGCUUUCAUGUUUAUAGCCUGCGUUCGAGCUUCGCAGCAGGCCAGUGCCCGUGAAAGGCUGGGGGCCCUGGGAGCAGCGGCGCCGCUACUGUUGGACUCGUGA